UUAUUGAAAAAAUCCUACAAAAGUAUACAAUUUACAUAUGUACUACAUGUGUAAUACAUGUAUGAUUAUUACAAUUUUGAGACUAUCUCAUACUAUUUAUUAUGCGUGAACCUCUAUCAACCACCAACGCUCAAUAUCUUCUUUAUUUUUAUACGUUACUAUUAUGACGAACGAAGAAACUGUAUGGCAGGAAUUAUCAGAAAUAUUUGCCGAUCCUCCGGAAGCAAGAGACAAAUGCUCACAAUGCAAGAGACCAGUACCAGUAUGUUGGUGUCCAGGAUUACCAAAACACCCUGUGUCUCCUGCGUCUAGAAUAAUAAUUUUACAACAUCCUGCUGAAGUAAAACGUUGUUUACGCACUGCACCUAUGCUGGCUCUAGGUCUGGAACCUGGGAAGUGUAUAACUUACAGAGGAAAAAAAUUUCCAUUACUCAAACAUGAAGGUUUAACAGAAAUUUUAAAUGAUAAAAAUACUAUAUUAAUAUAUCCAUCUCCUGAUGCCAUAGCACUUGAUAAAUUAACUCCAGUUGGUAUGGAUGGACAAAAGCCUUAUAAUCUUGUUUUGUUAGAUGGAACUUGGCCACAGGCAAAGGCAAUAUAUCAUUCAAGUCCGGCACUUUGUCUUUUACGAGCAUGUAAACUAAUUGGAGUUCCAACAAGCGAAUAUGUCAUUAGAACACAACCAACCGAAGGAUGUUUAUCUACACUUGAAACAGGUGCUUUUGCACUUUCUAUCUUGGAAGGUGAUCCAGAAUUGAAGAAUAAAAUGCUUGGACCUCUACAUUAUUUGUGCAGGUUUCAGUUAGAAAAUGGUGCUGUCACUCAUCAAAGUAAAGAAUUUCUUAUUAAACAAAAGAGUUAUCCUAAACUUAUAGGACGGAGGCUAGCGAAACAAUUACGCAUGUUACCUGAGGAAUCUACAUAA